GUCUGUUAGGGAGCGACUGAGAGACUGAGUGACUCCGAUGUCUUUGAAAAUCAAUGACCACCUCUUUGUCUUUGGUGGAUGUUAGCUCUCGUCCUGUAGUGGAUCAUGUGGCCCCACCUGGUUGUGGUCGUGCGGGUCUACUACGGAGCCGCGAAACUUUUAGAGACUCUAUUUCUGCCAACCUAUGCGAAGUUUUGGCCGAGCCGCGAGUUAUGGCCGAAUUCAAACUUAGUAUUCGUCUGGGAUGCUGAGAGCGCCUUAGACAAAAAAGCAGCUGCGGCAUUACACGCAAAAUGGGAUCAAGUAAUUUUGGAUGCUCGGCGUGGAAGCAGAGUAGGGGGUGGAGGGAAGAACCAUCUAGGUAGGAAAAACGAGGAGGCGUCGAAAGAUGAAUUAUGGUCAGCUUUUUUCCAUCAUUCUCGGCAUCUUGGUCCCCUUUUCCCUUGUAUUCUCGUGAAAUACAUCAAGGUAAAAAAAGGGGUCAAGAUGAGGGGACCAAGAUGCAACCUAGCGCACUCCAAGUGAAGAUGGAGGGUUUAGUUUCUCACGUUCGAAAUGGCGGGAGAGAUGGGGAAAAACAAGACGGAAGCUGCUGCAUAAUGCGGGCGUGAAGGCUGGCGCUGAUGAUGAACGAGUCCAACUACAAGAUUCUACAACUGCAUCCUCUAUCGACGAUGAGUCUGGCGGUCCGCCGGAAUUUCCAGCUUGGUACGGGGAAAAACAAGACGAUGAGGCUGGCGGUCCGCCGGAAUUUCCAGCUUGGUACGAUGUCUUCGAGCCUGAGCCGGAUUCGGCAGAUGGUCAUUACUGUGACUCAAAGAAACCGGGAAAGCUUGGUUACUUGCGCCAAGUCUAUUCAGCGUGGGUCACCGAUAGGGCUUUGAGGCAAGACGAUGCGGGAGCAUUACGGGAACUGGAAUGGUGGGAUCGAUAUCUGUCAGACGGAGGAAGUCAUAGUGGAGGUCGUGGGGUUGGACAGGCUAUUAAAGGACAAGAUGACGGACCCGGACGCGACAACACAAAUAUUAAGGCUCAGCUUUCAAUGGUCAUUGGGGUUGGUCACUGGCGACCCCUUGAGAGAACAGGGGAAAACGAAGGGAAAGGGGAGAGCUUUGAAGGGGGUCCCUUCCGUUCAGAGUCAUGAUGACCAUUGAAGGCUGAGCUUUAAAAAUAACACCCAAAAUGGAUCCCUAUCUCUUUCUCCUUCUGGUGAGCCAUACUUCGUCGCGUAUCUGGAUGCAGACAUGGCAUUUCUGGGUCCGAUGCAUCCUCUAGAGUUGUUUGAUUACGAGAUACCGUUUUUACCGGUCAUGGCUCCUACCACUUCUACCGGCGACACUAAAGAACUCCCAAACAUGAACACCAUGAUCCAAUGGCGACCUCAAGUUAUGGGUUACAACGUUCGCUGUGAAGAGGAGGCUGCCCAAGACUUGCUUUUCGUGCAUACGCCACCGCUUUCUUGUUUCAUGCAUGGAGGGUCGCCUCCUUGGAUUGUGGACAUCCGGCAUUUCGAAUAUUUCCGAGCAGCAGCAACACAGGCAGUCUUUGCAAAUAUGCACAGAUUCACCUCGCAGUUGGUACCGUUGAACACAGUUUGGAAGGCGAAAAACGGUACGGCUUUGUACUUUCGAAGGAGAAAAACGUGGAUGAUGUAUUCGAUGCCUGGGGCGAUUAAUGCUGAUCCCAGCAAGGGCAGGUCCAACGUCACCCAGUUGCGACCAGCACAACAUCCAGUGAUGAGUGUGAAUUGGCGGACUGUCAAAAUCGGAGAAAUGCGAUGGAGGAGGCGUAGAGGAGGAGAAGCAGCAGCGGAGGAAGAAGAAGAGGUAGUUACCGAACACGUCUACGCUGACCGAAGGCAGGCAACCAGAGCUUUUUUCGAGCAGUGGCGCUACGCAGCUGAGCAGAGGAGGUUCAUGUCGAUUAUCAGCACGUCAUCGGAAGACGAGGAUUUGGAGAGGGAAGCGGAAUUGUAUAGGGAGUAUGGAAUCGCUCGCCAGACAGAAGAAGGAGGUAGAGCAGCAUCACUAACAUUUCCAGCAAAACCAAUAGAAUCUCUGGCCCUAGAAGAGCUACCUUUCGCUGAAAUGUACUUCCCAGCGGACGACAAGCCUUUCACAUUCGAAAACGCAUGGGGCAUGUCCUACCGUUGCAUGUUUCCUCCCCUAGCGCGUGUCAGCGAGUAUGAUCGAACUGUCGCGCAUGUUACUGCUUGGUUCACCAUGCUUUUUCACAACCAGCACUUGCACAAAAAGUAUAGUUGGUACUUACGAGACGACACCGAGAGAGACGUAACGUAUCUGGAUCAUGGUGGUCGUGCGUUUUUGCACAGAAAAGUUGACUCGUGGAAUGACGUGGCCUCAAAUCAUCGUGAUCUUCCAGAUCUGGCUGAUCCUUUACGCGCCUUGACUGGCAAUAGUCCGGUCGACGGGAAAGGAAGUAUUCCACCAGGGAUAAACCUGUUGGAGAAGGAAAGGAAGUUUUUUGCUUCCGGACAAAAAGUAGAGUCUUCUGCAGUAGCAGAUGAAAGCUCUAGAAGCAGCUCAACAUCUGAGGUUGUAAGUCGCAAGACUUUCCUCGAUUUCCUAACAAUAUUGAUCAAGGAACAUCAACAGAAAGGAUUGCAUUUUCCGCAUGCACAUGAACGACAAGAAGCACGAGAUGAAGAACCGCAAUUACAGAGCCAAUCGGCGACAUCAACGGGCAUCACAGAAAUCGAGACAAACAUCAAGCCUUUUUCUUCCUACAGCCAAACGCGGUACAAGAUGUCCCUCGUCCAACAUGCUUGGUACGCUAAGCGGCACACAGCACAACAGCAGGAGCCUCUGCUUGAAGUCUUGGUCAAAGGUUUUGCAGGACUGUAUGAUUUUGGACAGUUGAAUUAUUCGAAUACUGCAAGAACGCAAACAACUACCGCACUACAAGAACUUCCUCCAGCGACGUGGUCUCGGAUAGGCGAGCAGUACGCAAAUUUAACGACCCUCCUUUCUCAAGGAGCAACGAUAGACCUGCCAGACUGUGCCAAAGAACGCACUCAGUGUCCGGAAAAUCUAGCGAAGUUGUGGCUUCAUUCAGUUUCUUCCUCGAGUACCUGGCGCCUUGUCCUCCUCCUAACCUGGUUUCUUACCAGCAACCCUUUCAUAGCUGGAAUUUCUUGUAACAUCAUCGACGUACACAGGAAUCACAUUCAUGGGGCUCAUGCCUGUGCCAAAGUCGAUGUCACUAGAAUGUUGAUGCGGAGUGAGGAGCACUUGAGUCUGAUUAGAGAAUACAAGUAUGGCUGGGACUGGCUGUGAAGAUCAUGGACCACAUCGUCGUGGUUGAGCUCUUUGUUAAACGAGGGUGAUGCAAAUUUUGAACGAUCAAGUCAAAGCCUACUAAUCACUUUAAAGUUUUCCACUCGUCUUCGUUUCUGACUCUGUCUCCUCGUCUUCAUCAUGCAUUUCUUACAACUAUCUUUUCCAAGUUUUUCAAGUCAGUACUUUGUUCUUAUUCUUUACCUCAUGGCCAUGUGCAUGUCAUUUGAAAUGGUAGUACUUAGCUCGUCGCCAUCUCGCAGCUCACACGAGCAUCAGUCUCAUUAAACUCGCAAACAACAGAAGUGUUGCACGGCACUGCCCUCGAGCAAUUGCAAUAGACGACGAGACGUAGAAGAAGUGCAUCAAUCUAUGCAUUGACGAUCAAGAUGUUGCCGCAUUGGAAUGCAUAGCUACAAAAGUCUAGUUGCGUACCAUUUUUGUUCAUCUUCAUCUUCUUCGAGUCGGUCCAUGAACUAUAG